GGAGUGUGAGACGAGGAUAAGGGUGGUGGGCUUGAAUGUCUGACACAAAGGAGGAGGAAAAAUCAAUAAUGAACUAGCUGGAAAGUGUGUAGUGAAGAACGUAGAAAAGUCAAGACGCAAUUUUUUUCCCAAUUUUCAUUGGAAUUUUCUCUCGAAAUUGUUCAAUUCUCUGCAAAUCAACUUGUUAGGCAACAGUUCUGGCCAGAGGAAGUGCCUCCUGGCGAGGGAUACAUCUAGUUACAGUGGGAAAAUGCUGGAAAAUUGAGCUUCGGCCAUAAGGAGAAAAUAUUGCGAAUGCAAGAAAUGCGAGCCCUUCAUGGAAACAGUGAGUCCAACAACAAUGGAAGUCGCCAGAUUCAGUUGCCAAAGACCGGGAAGGGUAUGGAGGAGAUGGUGGGGGCUCAAGACACAAUAUACCUCUGCAAUUUUCGCGUUUCUGUGGAUGGAGAGUGGCUCUGUCUGAAGGAACUGCAAGAUCUCGAUAUCCAGGAUGGAAGUUCAGCAGCUGCUAGAGAAAAUGGGGUGGUAUUUGUGUCCGGAAGUGGUCAAGGAGGAGAUUCUGGGUCAAAUACCAGUGUUAUUGGACGGGAUUCAUCAGGACGCUUUACAAAUUUUAAUGCUCGAGAUCCUGCCGCUAUUGAGCGUAGCAAUUUGGUGAAUAUUUGCAAGUUGGUAGUGAAGGAAUUGCUUGAGCAAUCGCUGCGCUUUGGUCGUAUGCUCGAUUCUGAUCACCUUCCGCUUCAGCAUUUUUUCAUUGUGCUCGAGCAUGUGCUUAGACAUGGAUUGAGACCCAAAAAAGGACUGCUGGGACCAAAGAAGGAACUCUGGGAUAUACUCCAGAGUGUGGAGAAGUAUGCAGUGGAGGCUCAAGAUAUUACGGCGAGUGUGAGAGAUUUACCGACUGUCAGGACACAAAUUGGUCGAGCAAGAGCUUGGCUAAGGUUGGCGUUGAUGCAAAAGAAACUUGCAGAUUACCUCCAAGCUCUUGUGGACAAUCGCGAUGAAGCUCUGGCUGAAUACUAUGAACCUCAUGCUCUCAUGAUGAGUGAUGAAGUGAUCCUCAUAAUGGGCAUCCUCGUGGGACUCAAUGUGAUUGACUGCAAUUUGUGUGUAAAGGAGGAGGAUCUCGAUUCGCAACAAGGUGUUAUUGAUUUCUCACUUUACCUCCGAUCUAGCACAAGAACAAGCCCAGAAGAUGAGGUUCACACAAUUGUUGAAGCGGGAAAUUCUGAGCAUAUGACUGCGGUACUCGAUCAAAAGAACUACAUUGAAGAACUCAAUCGACAUCUCAAUGCAACUGUGGCAAAUUUGCAGGGUAAACUUGAGUCUUUGACCACUACAAAUGCACUUAUGAAGGAGGAUCUUGCUAUAGCUAGGAACAGUCUUUUGUCUCUUCAGGCAGAAAAUCUAGCUUUGCGUCAAAGUGGUCAAAACCCAAAUGCCAAUGCUGGGGAGAAUUUAAAUGUACAUGAUAGAAUUGAUCCGGAAGUCGAGAGAACACUGACUGAAGAGAAGAAGAAGAGACAGGAGUUGGAGAGAGAACUUGAGUUGCAAGGUUCUCUAAAGGCUGAAACAGAAAUGGCAAUGAAGCUCCUGGAAAAGGAUAUUCAUGAGAAGCAAGACACAAUUGUAUCCCUGCGGAGGCAGCUGGAGGAUAUUAAACAGAUCAAUUUGGAAAUGUACAAAAAGCUUCAGGAGUGCGAGGGAGAACUCACUCAAAAGGGUGAAAUGGUGUCGAGAUUGCAGGCUAAAGCAUCCCAGAUUGGUAAAAUUCUUACAACACUGGAGAAGAAGUAUGAUGGAGCUGCUGAUUCUAUGGAAUCUCCAAGUGCUACAACACCCUCAACGGGAAUUCCGCCAAUUAAGCGACCACAUUUGCGUGUUGAUCCUAUUCCACCGUUUAAUGCCAACAAAAUGCGAAAAUCACCCUCCGUUGAGGCAAAAUCAGCCACAACUCCAGUGAUGGAUCAGGCUGCUGCUUCAUCCUCCUCAGUGGCUCAUGUCACGGAGAAGGCGAAAGAUUGAAAAAUCCUCGUAACGCGAAAUUAUCUAUUUAGCAUAAUUUUUCAGGCUUUCCUUGUUGAGAAAGGUUUAUUUGUUCAUUUGAUCUCAAUGCUGUUGAAUUUUUUCCUUUUCUUCAUUGGAUUUUUUCUGUCUGGACGGAAAUUCUCCCAAUGUUGAGGUCCCUGUAUUCUGUUUUAGCUAGAGAGAGAGACAUGGGGAGAUAUGCUGAAAAAUCAUUGUGAUUGAAUAUUUUUGUAGGAAUGCGAAUCAUCCCUUAAGCACAAAACUGAGUUGCUGUCGAAGCUUGAGGCCCAAAAAGAGGCUAUGGCAAGUGCUUUAACGCAGUUAGAAAACAAGUAUGUUCAUUUAUAAUUUUUUAUUUGUAUUACUGUCAAAAAAAAGAGUAUUCGUAUGAAAAUCCAGAAAAGAUUACUUAAAGCACUGUAAUUUGGAAUGGUUAUUUAUUCCUAAAGCUACAAUAUUAUACACUCCUUAAGCUUUUCUCAAAUAAAAAAAAAAGAGAGAAGGACAGAGUUGGUUUAUAAAAGGUUAAAGAAUGGUGAACUCAAAAAGUCAUUUAAUUCUGUAUUAUAAAAUAAAUGAAUAAAAAUAAGAAAAAAGGAUA